AUGAGUGAUGUACCUCAUCGGACUCAAGUGGUUGAUCAGGACGUAAGUGACACAAAAAUCCCGAAAAUACGAAAAGUAACGUUUUAAGAGCGCCGCCUUCGAAGAAUACGUGGGAAAUGGGGUCGCGCACAGAAGUCCGCCGUCGAAAAGGUCAAAAGUGCAGAAUGAGACGGACAAGAUGGAGAGACCGAGCCUAAAGAUCCAGCCGGAAGUGGCGGAGAAUCUGGAGGACGAGCCGCCGAGUCGUGACGUGUUCGCCGACAGUCAGGAAGGAUACACGACGGCUCCUGAAGGAAGUCAGGAGGUGGAAAAAGAAGACGAAGAGGAAGAAGACGAAGAGGAGGAAGUGGUGCCGGAUUCGCAGGAGGGACCGCAGAGGACCCAGUCGACCACUAGCUUCGUUUCGGUCGAGUUGAACGAGUCCUACAAUACUUUUAUCAAUCGGACCUUUCACGAGGAACAUCGCAUUGAGAAAUUCAUCGACCAAUAUGAGGUAAGCGGAACAUUUCAGAGGCAAAGGUGUAAUUUUCAAUUAAAAAGGAACAUUAUUUCAGAAAUCUUCACCGAAACCAGAAAGCGUCAGAAGCGGCCGUUCUCCGAUGAAAACGCCCAUAUCAGCUGAUCGCAAGGUAAGAAUGGCUAUUGUUGCCGUGGGAAAGUUGCUAUUGCGCUCUGCCGCACACAAACUUACUUGGUGCCAUGUGGAUUUUUAGAUAGCAACUCCGCAGUCGAACCGUUCGAGCCGCUCCAAAAAGGACUUUGUGACGCCAAGAGGCACUCCGAGAGUGGCGAACGAAAGAACGGAGCACACGAGAAGAGACCUGUUCGGGAGCAAAGCGGGACCGUCGAAGGAAGAGUCCCCGGUCAGGAUGAUGGAUGAUUCGCCGCAGGAAGCAGGCGUCAACAAGGUGGGAACCGGAAUUCAUUCUGUGAAAUUCAAUAAUUUUCAGUUGAACGCGACGAUGCAGCAAGAAGAAGAUGACGACGAGAGGGAGGAUGACGUAUUCGAGGGCACUGGGGUGUCGGAGAGAGCAGAGGAUGAUUCUCGGACCAAACGGAUCAAGCAGAACACUAUAGAAGGGAUCAGAAUGGUCCGCGAGCAAAGAUCCGGAGAGAAAGGGGCGGGGCAGCAUGUUCCGCCAGUCAAAAAACUGAGAGAAGAGAUUGAUGGGGUCGGCAAACCAUUCAGAGACGGAAAAGUUCAUUCUGUUCCGUUUUCAGAUGGCAAUUGGGGAUCGGAAGGAGAAACAGGAUGAGCUCAGCCUGUAUCUGCGCGAGUUUCACGAGAAAGACCUGUUGUUCCUGCCGGAUCUCAAAAAUCGUGACAUGCGGGCCCAUCACGUCUACUGCGACAUCGAAGGGGUGCGCAAAACACCGGCAUACUUCGGUGAGAUUUAUCAAAAUGAGGAGAUGAAUAAUCGGAAAAGAUUCAGAUUACGGAUGGGAAAAGAACGCAGAUCACAAUCUUCGGACGAAAAGAAUGAUUGAACAGCUGAAGGACGACGGUACGACGAGCUUCCGACAACAAACAAUGAUACUCGAGAACUAUGUGGCCGGGUGUCGGGGCGGCGGAUUCGUGCUCUUCACGGUCAGCCAUCGGACACUUCCGACGCGAAACAGUUGUGUUUUGCAGGCAACCAUCGAGCAAAUGUACGGAUUCGAGGAGGGAACGUUCACGCUGACAAUUCCAGCGCUCGAGUCGUGGUUCCUGCAGGAAGUGAGCCGGGUCGGCGAGCCGGCGCUCAUGGAUUUGUUCUGCGGCAUCGCGCGCCUUGCUGUUCUUUCAUAUACGGUUCUUCCGAAGGUGAGAAAAAAGUUAUAAUUCGUCAAAUUGUCAAUAUCGUUUUGCAGCGCAUCUACCGGCUCGUCAACCCCGUCGAAUCGGUCACUCUUUCUCAACACCAAUGUGCGAUCCUUAUGGCUCGCGCGCUGUUCAGAAGACGCGGAGGAUUCUUCAAGUACGCCCGUUCUUCUCUCCCCAAUAACGUCGUUUUCCAGAAUUUUUGCGUCUGGGACUCAGCUUGCCGUACAGAAAGUGUACUUCCUAAUGCACUACUUUUCCGAGUACCUGCGCCUGCGUCCGAACGGGAACGUCAGCUUCCGCAGGUGCUCGCUGGGGCGAGUACUCGAUUUCGAGAAGUUGCCGGAAGCGAGCAAGAUGAUGAACAUAAAGUACGCGUCGCGGAAAAUCGAGGAGACCUACUUGUGCACUCAAGUCGAUUUCGCCAACAAAUGCCUCGGCGGAGGAGUUCUGAAGGGCGGUAUGGUGCAGGAGGAGAUACGGUUCAUGAUGUGUCCGGAGAUGAUCGUCGGCAUGUUUCUCUGCGAUGAAAUGAACGCGCAGGAGGCGAUUUCGAUCGUCGGAGCACAGGCCUACAGCUCCUACCAAGGAUACGGUACGGAUAUCCUAUUCAGGGCUGUGCGGCAACGAGUUGCCGAAUUGCCGAAAUUUGGUGCUGCUGCACAGCCCCGAUCCCACUGGAUUUCUUGAAAAUUCCAUUUUUUUGCAGCUGCAGUUACAAAAUGGCGGCCUCUGAAGGCCUCCGAUGCUCUGCAGAAUGUGCCCGAAUUGCGGGACAAGUUCGGACGGCUCCAAUACGAAUGCAUCGCGAUCGACGCAUAUCCGUUCGAAAAACGUGCUCAACAGUUCGAGACGAGUAUGAUACACAGAGAAAUCUCGAAGGCGUACGUCGGAUUCUCCGCACAACACAAUUUUUCGACGAUUCCGGUGUGGAGUGGAUGGUGGGGAUGCGGGGCGUUCAGGGGAGAUCACGUUCUGAAAAGUGAGUGGACGGCACUCCGAUUCCAAGUAGAAUAUUAUCCGUUUCCAGCCAUGAUCCAAGGGAUCGCCGCUUCGUUGGCCAGCCGUCCGCUCGUGAUCAGUGUGUUCAAUAUGACACAGGAAGCAACGAUGUGCCGGACUCUGACCGAUCUCAUGGCCAAGCACAGGAUCCCUAUCGGCGUCGUUUACCAGUGGCUGAUCCAGCUGAAUCCUUCGGAAGGGAAUUACGAUAAGGAAUUCGUCUUCCGAACUUUGAAAGGGCACAUCGAUCGGUACAUUUCAAGGAAAUAA